AUGAAAGAGAUACUCAUUUUUCCGUGCAUUUCAAUUCGGAUUUACAGCUGGCAUUUGCAGGUCGUGCGAGUUCUGCUUAAAAACGAGUUACUUCUUUAACCCUUCAGUGUUUGUUAUGUUUUCGAUGCAUAUUAGUUAAUUAGUUAAUCUAUGAUGCUUACAAAAACGGAUAGUUAGUACCAAAGAAAUGAAAAUUGCGCUAGGGUGGACCCGACUUUAAGGGUGAACUUUAUACCGAAAAGUCAUCUACAACAUAAAAUCAUAAUGAAUGUAGUGUCUAGAUCCAGUCUUUGGCGAUUGGCCAAAAAGGAGACAGAGCAGGUCAAUACUUCAGAUGACAAUUAUGAGCCUCAAUAUACAAAUGAAGCGGACAAUUUCGUUCAAGAUACCAUUUGUGAAUCAAAUCAUAUUCUGCCCGAUAAAUCGACUAUCCUAAAUAACAGCCUUAGUCAGAAUCAAUUUGAACAACUUGUUCAAAAUCUUAACUCCGACAAUUCCAAUGUGGCUCGAAUGGAGCGGAAAAUUGAAAAAAUAGAAUCCCAGAUUUCGAUGUUGGUGGACCAGAAUAGCAAAAUUCUGGCAAAAGUGAAUAAAAUUUCAGAGAAAUUUCAAGCUGGCCUUCCGAAAACGGAGUUUCCUAUAAAGUCCCUUGAAGAACUGGAUGAAAUAGAAGCAGAAGUAACGGCAAACCACGAGAAAUAUGUUGAACUGUUCCGGACCAUCCUCGCACCUGAGGGCGUGCAAAAGCACUUGAAUAGAAUUCUAUCAACGUCACUUCUCAUGAAUAUGAACUAUGCAGGAACGUGUUCAAAAACGGGACUCAAUUCUUACGUAAACUUAAACAUGGCUAUGUAUGAGUCACAAAAAAGGGAGGGAUUCACAUUCGGAGAUUAUGCAAAGGAGGUUCGGACAGCCUUUGCGAAGUCAAAGAACAAGGUAUACAAGUCAAAAACGCUAAGCAGACAUAAAGAGCCCAAAAAAGAAUAA